AUGGCAGAGCAAGUUGGUCACAAGUUCGCCUGGGUAAUCAAAGAAUUUUCCUCUUUGCGUGAGAAGUUUUAUUCUCCUACAGUCCAGAUUGGUGAUUGCAAAUGGCGUCUAUCUGUCUAUCCCAAGGGAAUACCUGUUAGUGACCACUUAUCUCUGUUUCUGGAAUUUGCUGAUGUUAAAUCAUUGCCUUUUGGAUGGAGAAGAUUGAUAAAAUUUCGGUUAACAAUAGCAAAACAAGUUUCGGAAGGACCCUCAGUACUCAAAAAAUCACAUCGCUGGUUUGAUCAAAAGAAACCCCUGUGGGGGUUUCCAACUAUGAUUCCUUUAGCCAAAAUCCAUGACAAAAAUGAAGGGUUCCUUGUAAACGACGAACUCAUUAUAGUUGCCGAGGUAGAUGUUCUUCAGGUUGUUGGCUCCUCGGAGAAACCUGAAGAGACAAAUCCUCCGAGCCAGGUAGAAUCUGUGAGCUCGAUCCAAGACAGUGUAGUAGAAUUUCGUGCAAGGAACCAAUAUCUGAAGACUGCAUGCACGAAUGUCUUGCUCAGUUUUACUCAGACUUUGUGCCAAACACCUCAGGAGCUUUCCCUUGAUGAUAUGGUCGAAGCAGAGAAAGUACUGGCUUACAUGAAAGAUACUGGCUUGGAGGUGGAGUGGUUGGUGAAGAAGCUUAAUGAAGUGAAGGAAAAGAAGAAGAGCAGUCUGGUUAAGUAA